GGGUACCUUCCCAUUCUCCAUGCAACUUCGCCGAAAGACUACUCCCUCUAUCAAGAAACGGCCACGAAUUUUGAGAGGAAGAUGCCAACAACCUUAACAAAUCCCCCUCUCUUAUCUGUACAUUCGUCAGCUUCUCCAUAUACUCUUUCCGCCAACAUUUCUUCUUCCCUUUCAAGCUCUUCCUAUAUAUAGUCGGACACCCCGCACCCUUUUUUCAUAUCUACCUGCUCAGCAUCUCUAUAGCAAUGGCGUCCAGAAAUGGGGUUGUCUUCGAAGACUUCUUCCCGGCAAUGGUGGAGAGGUUGGGGGCUGAUGGGUUUAUGACGGAGCUCUGUAAUGGGUUCCGGCUGUUGAUGGAUGGGGACAAGGGUGUGAUCACGUUUGAGAGCUUGAAGAGGAACUCCGCCACUCUGGGGUUGCAGAACCUUAGUGACGAUGAGUUGAGGAGCAUGGUUACAGAAGGUGACUUGGAUGGAGAUGGAGCUUUGAAUCAGAUGGAGUUUUGCAUUCUCAUGUUCAGAUUGAGUCCUGGCUUGAUGACAAGUUCCAGAAGGUGGCUAGAAGAAGCUAUCGUCAAUGGCUUUUAGGCUGAGCCCUUGUCUUUUUUCUGGCUUCUUUGUCUUUUUGUCUAGUGAGUUUUUAGGCUAUUCCAUUGUCCUGUCUCUGCCUUCUUUUAUAUUUUUUCCCCACCUGAAUUCUAUCUAUUGUGUUUGUUAUUCAUGUUUAAUUCUAUCUAAAUAUUAAUUUCUUUAUCA